CUAAUAUUGUUCACGUUCUUCUCUAAGCAGGUCCUCGUCUCCAGUCUGCCCCAGAGAGUUUUAGGAUGGAUGAAGCCGUAGAGCUUUCCAGUGAUGGAAACUCCCUGAUCAAAGCGGUCUAUCAAAGCCGGCUGCGCCUGACCCGGCUCUUGUUGGAAGGGGGAGCCUACAUCAACGAGAGUAACGAUCGAGGGGAAACCCCUUUAAUGAUCGCCUGUAAGACCAAGCAUAUCGACCACCAGAGUGUCAGCAAGGUCAAAAUGGUCAAGUAUCUGCUGGAAAAUAAUGCCGACCCGAACAUCCAAGACAAGACUGGGAAAACGGCCUUGAUGCACGCUUGCUUGGAAAAGGCGGGCCCUGACAUAGUCUCUUUACUGAUCAAAAGCGGAGCUGAUUUGAGUCUCCAAGACCACUCUGGUUACUCGGCUCUAGUUUACGCCAUCAAUUCAGAGGACCGAGACACCUUGAAGGUUCUGCUCAAUGCGUGCAAGGCCAAAGGGAAAGAAGUCAUCAUAAUCACCACAGCCAAAUCUCCCUCGGGGAGACACACCACCAAGCAGUACUUGAAUGUGCCCCCCGGGGACAUGGAGGGAUUUCAUUCUCCCACCUCCUGCACCACCCCUUCGGAAAUCGAGAUUAAAACGGCUUCCUCUCCCCGCUCCAACUCCUCUGAAAUGGAUAAAGGUCUUUUCGGCUUUAAAGAUCUGGAUCUUUCAGGUAGCAGUGACGACGCUUCAGAACCAAGUUCCCCUACUAAAAGACCGGCCGCAGUUCCUAGUGGACCUAAGCUGGGCCAGGCACAACACCUGCAUUCCGAUCCUUGGAUAAAGAGCUCUCCUUCACUGUUGCACCUGGGUAAAGUGGCCUCUUUACAAGAAGAGCUCCAGGAUAUUACCCCGGAGGAAGAAUUCUCUCUGAAAACAAACGGGCUAGCCUUAUCCAAGCGGUACAUCACCCGCCAUCAGAGUAUUGACGUGAAAGACGCGGCCCAUUUGUUAAAGGCCUUCGAACAGGUUGGAUCCAGGAAGCUGUCUUACGAUGAGAUCCUUUCGCAGCCCCUCUUUUCGGAAGGAAGCCAUCCUUGCAAUGACGUCCCGGUAGACCAGGACCCGGAGUCAACAGCCCAGACCAUGUUUGUUUCCACCCUGAAAAAUAUCGUCCAAAAGAGAACCUCGGGGGCAAAUCACUAUAGUUCUGAUUCACAGCUCACUACCAGUCUCACUCCAACUGCGGAAGAUGGAAAAACAUUUGUAGGAAAGAAAAAAAUCCUCUCCCCAUCGCCGCCAGGGCUGACGGGCUCCAAGGAAUUGCCAGAGAACGGGCCUCUGGGGCCCCUGAGCAGGCGAAAUCACGCGAUGCUGGAAAGACGGGGUUCAGGGGCCUUCCCGCUGGAUCACACUUCCCAAAGCCGGCCAGGGUUUCUUCCCCCCUUAAAUGUGAAUUCGCAUCCUCCUCUGCUGGAUAUCGGCGUUAGCAACAAGAUUUCCAGUCUCUUUUCUUGUGGACAAAAGAUGCUCAUGCCAACAGUCCCUACGUUCCCCAAAGAGUUCAAAAGCAAGAAAAUGUUGUUAAGGAGACAAUCAUUACAAACGGAACAAAUUAAACAAUUAGUAAAUUUUUAA